CGGCGGUGGGGGCGUAGCGAAGAUGGCGGCGGGGGCGCUGCGCCCCGCUCCGGGCUGAGGCGACGCGCCGCUCCCUGCGCCUCAGUGCGGACGGCGGCGAUGUCGGAGCCGGAGCACCUGGGAGGGAAGCGGGCCGAGUCGGCGCGGCUGCGGCGGGCGGAGCAGCUGCGGCGCUGGAAGGGCUCCCUGACCGAGCAGGAGCCGGUGGCGGCGGGGGGCGGCCGAGGGAGGCACCGAGGGACCGGGGGGAGCCGGGUCCGGUUCGAGGAGGGCGCCGUGUUCUUGGCCGCCUGCUCCAGCGGGGACACCGACGAGGUGAAGCGGCUGCUGGGCCGCGGGGCGCGGAUCAACACCACCAACGUGGACGGGCUGACGGCGCUGCACCAGGCCUGUAUAGACGAGAACCUGGACAUGGUGAAGUUCCUUGUAGAAAAUGGAGCCAAUGUGAACCAGCAAGAUAACGAGGGCUGGACCCCCCUGCACGCAGUGGCAUCGUGUGGCUACCUGAACAUAGCAGAGUAUUUAAUUAGUCAUGGAGCCAACGUGGCUGCUGUGAACAGUGAAGGUGAAGUCCCGUCUGACAUUGCAGAAGAGGCAGCCAUGAAGGACCUGCUUCUGGAACAAGUAAAGAAACAAGGUGUAGACCUAGACCUGGCAAGGAAAGAAGAGGAGCAGCAGAUGCUGCAGGAUGCCCGGCAGUGGCUGAACAGUGGGAGAAUUGAAGACGUAAAGCAGCCUCAGACGGGUGCCACAGCUCUUCAUGUUGCUUCAGCAAAGGGCUAUUCUGAAGUCAUGAGGCUCUUGAUCCAGGCUGGAUUUAAUCUGAACGUCCAGGACAACGAUGGCUGGACUCCAUUGCACGCUGCUGCACACUGGGGGGUGAAGGAAGCCUGCUCCAUCUUGGCAGAGGCGUUGUGUGACAUGGAUGUCAGGAACAAGCUGGGCCAGACGCCAUUCGACGUGGCCGAUGAAGGACUGGUUGAACAUCUAGAAAUGCUGCAGAAGAAACAGACAGUGCUGCGAAGUGAGAAGGAGACGAGGAAUAAGCUGAUUGAAGCUGACAUGAAUGGCAAACCUCAAAGCGGAGUCUUCAUGAACAAAGAGAAAAUUCUCUAUGAGGAAGAUAGGCUGAAGACCGUGGAGAUGGAGGAAGAGAACAAGGACUCCAGCAGUUCUAGCUCUGAAGAAGAGGAAGAAGCUGAAGAAGAUGAAGUUUCAGAAUCAGAUGCUGAAAAGGAGUCAGAAAGGAAGGAAGAGUCCUUUGCCAACCACUCCAGCCACGAAAGCAGGCCCAGCAUCACUGAGCAAAUACCACCACCAGAGUCCAACUCCUUCACUGCAUCUGCCAGAAGGUUCAGUUGGCUCAACAGGUCUGAUGAGCAGAAGGAUGAGUCGCCCUCCUCAUGGAGGUUGGGUCUGCGGAAGACUGGCAGCCACAACACACUGAGUGAGGUCACUGCCACUCGUGAGGCACAGAGAGAUAAGGCUGCUUCUAUCUAUCGAUCUUCAUCCACCCCUCGGAUAUCUGCGUUGUUGGACAGCAAAGAAAAGGAUAAAGAGAACAGGAGCUAUCUUGCCACAAUAGCCCCCAGAAGACUGAGCAGUGCAAGUGACAUAGAGGAGAAAGAAAACAGAGAAUCAGCUGCUAACAUCGUGCGGAGCGGCUCUUACAGCCGGCAGAUGUGGAGGGAUGAAUCAAAAGGAAACGAAGCUCCCCAUUCUGGUGCACCUCCUACCUACGUAUCUACAUACUUGAAAAGUGCUUCAUUUGGUAGAAGUAGUGACCUCAGCAGUCCCUACAUUUCAGCCAGUCGCAAUACAUCUCUAGCUACCUCACCCACUGCCAUUGGUUCAUCUACCUCACUGAGCACCCCGUGGCAACCUGCCUCUGCCUGCCCCACACCUCUCGGUGCGAACACUUCUGCAUCCACCCGCCAGUACACCAGAGCCCCUUUCAGGCAACAAACUGAUUCUGCCGUAGAGAAAAAUACAGAGGGCCUCUCUGCUAGCACCCCCCUAGGUGUAAUCACAAACCGUGCUGUACGUGGCUCUGCUAACGGUAUUGCCAAUGCCGGUGCUGCCUCAACCACAGGAAAGGACUGCUCUGCUGAGGAAGCCAGGGAGCGCAGAAGGUCAUACCUGACCCCGGUACGGGAUGAGGAGGCAGAGUCACUGAGGAAGGCGCGAUCCAGGCAGGCCCGGCAGACGCGCAGAUCCACACAGGGUGUGACACUGACAGACCUUCAGGAAGCAGAGAGAACCUUCAGCCGCUCCCGGGCAGAACGACAAGCUCAGGAGCAGCAGAGUGAGAAGGCUGAGAGCACAGAGCCUGCUGAGGACAGCAGUGAGAGGCAGGAGACCCGCACUCGAUGGAGCAGGAAUACAGAUGAGGAGGCUGUCUAUCGGCGAUUAAGGUGCCCAGUGCAAGCAGACAAACCUACAACACCCGUAUCUCCUUCUACGUCAGCUCCUCUCCUUUAUACAAGUUCUUACCUAACUCGAACAAAUAAGUAUCUGGGUCUUGACUCUGUGAAUCCAACAGACUUCAGAGGUGCAGCCACAGAGAUGGAGAAGAACGAGUGCGAAGACGCAGAUGUAGACGACAGAUCUCUCAACAAACAGUCGAUCCGAGAGAGACGGCGGCCAAAAGAGAGGCGAAGAGGCACCGGCAUCAUUUUCUCAACAAAAGAUGAUGACGAUGACGUUGAUGGAAAUGAGGAAGUGAAGGAAACUCGGCAUGAACGACUUUCCAGGUUGGAAGCAGCUACAACCCCUGCCACCAGUGACUCCUACAGUGACCGUGCCUCCAGCCGCUCCAGUGCCUACAGCCGCAGAGAGAACCGCCUAGCAGCCCUCAGCAGCAGGGCAGAAGAGGAGAGCAACAGGGACUAUAAAAAGUUGUACGAAAGCGCCCUGUCUGAAAAUCAAAAACUGAAGUCAAAACUGCAAGAAGCACAACUCGAGCUGGCCGACAUCAAAUCCAAGUUGGAAAAGGCAACUCAGCAGAAACAGGAGAAAACUUCUGACCGGUCUAGCAUGCUGGAGAUGGAGAAAAGGGAGAAACGAGCCCUGGAGCGGAAACUCUCUGAAAUGGAGGAAGAGAUGAAGAUACUGACGGAGCUGAAAUCGGACAAUCAAAGGCUGAAGGAUGAAAACGGGGCCCUCAUUCGUGUCAUCAGCAAACUCUCCAAGUAGGGAGCUGAGCUGCAGGGUGAGGGGCUGCACUGCUGAGCCCUGCGCCUCCCUCCUGCCCCACGCACAGCAGCAUUGCAGCCGUGGGAUCAGCAUCACUCCUCCCUGCCCUCGGCUGGACGUUCCCUUUCUGCCCUUUCCCCCUCACAGCGCACACCCCGGCCAUUCUGUUUUAAUUUCAGCAUGUUGUGCUAUCUCGGACAUUGGACUUAAGGGAGAAGAGGAGGAGGAGGAGUGGUGCUGAGCUGCCAGAGCUUCUCCUUCCAGCAGCGUGCAGCAGGGCAAAGUGCUGUGCAAAGUGAUGCCCACAGAGCUGGUGCCCUUUGCAGGUGGGAGAUGUGACCGUGGGCUGGGACUGUGUGGACAUGCAUCAGCCCA